AUGGCUGAUAAUGAAAGCAUACACGAUGAAAAUGAAAACCAACAAGUACGAACCAUGCGUGAUUACUUGCAACCUCCUCGAAAUUCUGCUCCUUCAUGUUUCAUUUUUCCUCUUAAUGCUAAUAAUUUUCGAUUCAAGCCGGGUAUGAUUCCAUUACUUCCUAAUUUUCAUGGCUUAGAAUCCGAAAGUCCAUAUUUGCAUCUUAAAGAAUUUGAGGAAGUAUGUGCAACAUUUAACGAUCAAACUUGUCCCAACGAAAUUGUUAAGUUGAAAUUGUUUCCUUUUUCUCUAAAAGAUAAAGCAAAAACUUGGCUUAACUCUUUAAAACCUAGGUCGAUUGGCACAUGGCAAGAAAUGCAAAGUGAGUUUUUGAAGAAAUUCUUUCCAGCACAUAAAACUAAUGCUUUGAAAAGACAAAUCCAAAAUUUUUCUCAAAAAACCAAUGAAGCGUACUUUCAAUGUUUAGAAAGAUUUAAAGAUUUGUUAAAUACAUGCCCACAUCAUGGUUUUGAAAAAUGGCGUACUAUAAGUUUCUUUUAUGAGGGCCUAACUCCUGAAACAAAACAAUUUGUAGAAACGAUGUGCAAUGGUGAAUUUUUAGAUAAAAAUCCAGAUGAAGCUUUAGAAUUUCUAGAUCAUCUAGCUGAAAAUUCUCAAUCUUGGCAAACAGUAAAACCAAUCGAAAACUCAAUUAGAUCUAGUCUUGCUAGUUCUAGUGGAGGAAAAUAUCAAUUGAGUCAAGAUGAUGAUCUAAAUGCUAGGAUUGCUAGUUUGUCUAGAAAGGUUGAAGCUAUGGAAUUAAGGAAAGUAAAGGAAGUUAAACCCGUGCAAAAUGAUGAAAUUUGUAGCAUUUGUGAAACUUUUGGUCAUCUUACGCAUGAUUGUCCUAACAUUCCAGUUUUCAAAGAAGUUUUACAUGAUCAAGGCAAUGCUAUGAACACUUUCAAAAAGCCUUUUUCUUCUCCAUACUCAGAAACAUAUAAUCAACAAUGGAGAAAUCAUCCCAACUUUAGUUGGAGAGAUGAUAAUCGUGUUCAUUUAUCACAACCUCAAGGGCUUUCAAAAUUUCCUUCUUUUCCACCACCACAAUCAAGGACUCUUGAGGAAACAUUGCAGUCUAUUAUGCAAGGACAAGCAAAUAUUAAUAAUCAAACUUCACAAGCCAUCAAUGAAAUUAAGAACACACUUUCUUCAUUGACCUCUUCUUUGCAUUCUCAAGAGAAAGGCAAAUUUCCUGCUCAACCUCAACCAAAUCCUUCUCAACAAUUUAAUGUAAAUGCUUCUAGUUCUUCUGAAAGUUCAUUUAGGCCAAGUUUAUACAGACUUUCCAAGUAA